CAGUCCCUCAUCAUCGCGGCGAAUCGAUUGCCGAUCAGUGUGAAGAAGAAGCCGGACGGGACGUGGGAUCUUCGGACGUCGGCGGGCGGACUGGUGAGCGCGCUGUUGGGCGUACGAAAGACGUACGACAUGACGUGGAUUGGAUGGCCGGGGGUGUUCGUAGAAGAGGGACCCGAUCGCGACGCGCUCACGGCGACGUUACGUAAGCAGAACUUCUUGCCGGUGUACUUGACGAAGACGCAAGUCGAGCUGUAUUACAAUGGGUACUGCAACAAUGUGCUGUGGUCGCUGUUUCACUACGUGCCGCUGAGUUUCGAAGCCAAGCUCAGCGAAGAUACGAACAUGCACGCGCAAUGGUUGGCUUAUAAGGAAGCCAAUCGCGCGUUUAGCGAUGCCAUCAUGAGCGUGUAUCGCACAGGGGACGUCGUCUGGGCGCACGAUUACCAUUUGAUGCUCGUGCCGCAAAUGUUGCGAGCGUACGAAGAUAGCAUGAAAAUUGGUUGGUUUCUGCACACGCCGUUUCCGAGUUCGGAAAUUUACCGAAUGUUGCCGAUGAGAGAAGAGCUGUUGCACGGGUGUUUGGCGGCUGAUCUCGUUGGCUUUCACACGUACGAUUACGCGCGGCACUUUGUAUCGGCGACGAGCCGAAUUCUUGGUUUAGAGGCGACACCCGAGGGCGUGGAAAAUAACGGGAGCUUUACGCGUGUUGCGGCGUUUCCCAUCGGUAUCGAUCCGGGUCGCUUCACCUCGGCUCUACGCACAAAUGAGGUGCAGGUGCACAUUAACGAGCUCCGCGAACGCUUCCGAGGUCGCAAAGUCAUGCUCGGUGUCGACCGUCUCGACAUGAUCAAGGGUAUCCCGCACAAGUUGUUGGCGUUUGAGAAAUUUUUGAGUGAGAAUCCUGAUUGGGCGAAUAAGGUGAUUCUCAUCCAGAUCGCCGUGCCGACUCGCAGCGACGUUCCGGAGUACCAACGACUCGCCUCGCAAGUGCACGAACUUGUUGGGAGAAUCAACGGCCGUUUCGGCUCCAUCGGGAGCGUUCCGAUUCAGCAUUUGGAUUGUACUAUGCAGUUUCCUGAGCUUUGCGCGCUUUAUGCAGUUACAGACGUCAUGCUCGUCACUUCUCAGCGCGACGGUAUGAACCUCGUCUCUUAUGAGUUUGUUUCGUGCCAAAGCAAGAACGACGCCGGCGUGUUGGUUCUAUCCGAAUUCGCGGGCGCCGCGCAGUCUAUCGGCGCUGGGGCUCUUUUAGUGAACCCGUACAACGUCACCGACGUCGCAAGCGCCAUUAAAGACGCGUUAACGAUGCCUGAAGUGGAAAAGAUUGAGCGACACAGAAGCAGCUUCUCGCACGUGAGCAUUCACACUUCGCAAGCGUGGGCGGACACGUUCAUCAGUGAACUCAACGACACGCACGUCGAAGCAGAAUUACGUCAAAAGCGUAUUCCGCCGCAUCUCAAGCCCGAAGCGAUGGUCAAAUCGUUUCAAAUGGGUAAAGAACGGCUCAUCAUUCUGGGCUACAACGCCACACUCACCGAUCCCAUGGAGAGCAAGACCAAGAUACGGCCGAAGCUCGAGUCGCAGAAGAGUCGUCACAAGAUUCAUCCGGUCGCACAGGAGUGCCUCACGCGCCUGUGCGAUGAUCCUAAUACCACUGUUUGUAUCUUCAGCGGUUCCGAGCGCAACAAGUUGGCGCAAAUCUUUGCGAUGUUGCCCAAGGUUUGGAUCGCGGCGGAAAAUGGCGUUUUUAUUCGACCACCACUUCAAGGCAAGAACGGCACCGACACUCCAAAGUGGCUGACCAUGAUUGAGACUACGAAUUUGGACUGGUUGGAGAGCGUUGAAGUCGUUUUUGAGUACUUUUGUGAGCGUACUCCGAGAAGUCACGUGGAGAUGCGCGAAACGUCGCUGGUGUGGAGUUACAAGUACGCCGAUCCGGACUUUGGUCGUCAACAAGCGCGCGACUUGCUACAGCACUUAUGGACUGGCCCGAUUUCGAAUGCUCCCGUGGAUGUCAUCAUGGGUGCAAAGUCUGUCGAAGUGCGUCCGGUCGGCUUGAGCAAGGGAACCGCAGUCGAGCGCAUCGUGCAAAUGAUCGGCGGACACGGCAAAGAACUCAUUGAAGUCGAUUUCGUCGCGUGCUGCGGUCACUUCUUAGGCCGUGACGAGGAUAUCUUCUCGUUCUUGGAG